CAGCAAUCAUGGGCUUGAGCCCUUCCUGUUCAAGACCAAGUACCGGGAUCCUUCCUUCCAGUCUGUGACCAGAGCAUGUCCCUGACUUUCUCUGGGCCUCAGUUUCCCCAUCUGUAGAUGGAAUGGCACGGCACUAAUCCUUGGGCCCACUUGAGCUCCAGCCAGGAACGCGAACCGCAGAGCUCCAGCGAGGCUGCCGUGGAUGGCGAUACCCGCCGCCCCCGGGGUCCUGCUCCUGCUGCCCCUCCUGCUCCCAGGUAUGAGAAAUUUCGCAAACAUGGUAGAGCUGCCAAGGAAUGUUUGCAAGGGACUGGCCAAUAUGAACCAAUAUAGUGACUUCGCCCUUAAGAACACUGCUGAGUGCUUCGAAAAGUGCAACCAGGAGGGGAACGAGUCCUGUCAUCUGGGAAACCUGCAGAGUUACUGGCUGAACAUGGAGCACUUCCUGGUGAGCAGCCAGCUGGACCAUGUGAAUACAACUUUUGUGAAGUCUUCUGUCAAUGACGUCAACACCAACAUCUCAGAAGACCUGUACUUCUCUCUGACCCCCUCUCAGAUUCCGAGGCCCGUGACAGCAAGUGAGGACAAGCCCCCCGACAGAGUCCGGUUUCCCCAGAGCCUUUUUGCGUCCCUGGGAAGCAGCAGGAAUAAGGUCCGGCUGGCCGUAACUAUCCUGGACAUUGGAGAUGGGGAUGUCUUUAAGGGCCCCCAGCUCAGGCUGAAGGACGGUAGCAGCGUGCUGAACAACCGCCUGGUGGGCCUCAGGCUGGGCAACCUCUCUGUCACUGGGCUGGCCGAGCCUUUUGAGAUCACCUUCUCCCACCAGCCUCCUCUGCUUAACAUGACCUUCAGCUGUGUAUUCUGGGAUGAGACAAAAGGGUCAACAGGAGACUGGUCGUCCGAGGGCUGCUCUACAGAGAUUGGGAACAAGAGCACCGUGUGCCGCUGUGACCACUUCACCUUCUUCGCCCUGCUUCUGAAGCCAAUCUUGGACUGGGCCACGGUGAAGGUCCUCACACGCAUUUCUGAGGUUGGCUGCACAGCCUCCAUGUUCUUCCUGGCCCUCACCAUUGCCCUCUACAUUUUCCUGAGAUGUUUCAGGCAGAGGCUCAAGUCGGAAGAUGCCCCCAAGAUCCACGUGGCCCUGAGCGCUAGCUUAUUUCUCCUGAAUCUCACCUUCAUCAUCAAUGUGGAGGAGGGGUCCCGGGGGCCUCAUGUAGCCUGCCGGGCCCAGGGUGCCGUCUUCCACUACUUCCUGCUCUGCGUCUUUACCUGGAUGGGCCUGGAGGCCUUCCACCUCUACCUGCUGGCCAUCAGGGUCUUCAACACCUACUUCGGGCACUACUUCCUCAAGCUGAGCCUCGUGGGCUGGGGACUGCCCGCCCUGAUGGUCAUUGGCACCGGAAGUGCCAACAGCUAUGGCCCCUACACCAUUCUUGACCAGGAGAAACGCAUCACGAUGAAGCUGUGCUGGUUCCAUAAAGAAACUGCCCUCUACAUCACUGUCCACGGCUACUUCCUCAUCACCUCGCUCUUCAGCGCCGUGGUCCUGGGCCUGGUGGCCUGGAAGAUCUUCACACUACCAACCAUCACUGCGGGCAAAGAGGAGGGACCAAGAUGGAAAUCAGUUUUCACUGUGCUGGGCCUUUCGAUCCUGGUGGGCAUGACAUGGUGGCUGGCCAUCCUCACGCCCCUGGGCCUGUCCACUAUCUAUGUCUUCGCAUUAUUCAACUCCCUACAAGGAGUCUUCAUCUUCUGCUGGUUCGUGGUGCUGUACCUCCCGGGCCAGUGGGCCGAGUCCUCCUCUUCCGGCACUGCCGCCGUCAGCCAGACCCACUCCUCGUCUCGCGAAUAGGGGGCCGCAGUGUGGCCCAGCCCAGGCCCUAACCUGCACCCUAGGCUCAGCUCUGAUUCACCUUGUGCCCUCGGGUGGCUCCUGCUGGGACUCAGUUUCCGUGUUUGCAUAAUGUAACUGGGGAGGGAGGGGUUGGAGACCAGGUUGGGCCACCUGGCCUCAGAGGUUUCAUCCAGAUGUACCUGUGGUUUUGAGAGUCCAGAUCCAGCCUUGCAGGAGUCUAAAGUCCCUGCCAUCCUGAGCUACCUGCUAACAUGCCUUCACCCCCACCCGCAAGCUCAUCCCUUCUGACAGGGCCCCACUUCUGCUCUCAGGAUGGGCCCAAGCCCAAAUAGGGGAGUUAUUGUUCACACAGCCUCUCCCCUCUCUUCCCCUUGUCACUGCCCCUGCCUCCACAGCUCCCCCGACCCACAUGUGAGGGGCAUUCAGGAAGGGGGAGACCAAGGGAAGGAAUGCAACAGAGGUUUGUUUUUGGCCCUGCCACCCACCUGCCCCUGGCCUGGACCAAUCCCACCAAGGUCCACCCUCACAGAAAACCCCCCCCUAGCCCAUUCAGGGGUCCCCCAGAUGUCUGGCGACACUGCAUUUCAAGAAAUGGUAAUGUCAAGGGAAUUGUCACAAUUAGGCUGAAAUAAAAUGAUAGCAUUUGCUGGGGGUGUCUUAGAUUUGCUGGGCAGAUGCUUACUCUGGUCUGAGGCCCUAC